UAAAGAAAAUAUAUAGUAUAUAUUUUCCAUUUGCUGCUUCCAGAAUUCCUUACUGCUGUUUGGCUCCUCAUAUUUACUUCAUGCCAUUUAUUCCCCCUUCCAAUUCCCUCCGAUUAGUUCCUUUCUCUCUCUUAUGUUGUUUGGCCCCAUUAUAUUUCCUUCUUGCCACUCUCCCCCCCUCUUCAAUUUCUUUUUAUCUUAGAAUUUCUAAUUCCACCUUGGAUUUUGCUGUUUCCAGACAUUCUUUUUGUUUUUUUUUUUCUUUGGUGUCAUGAUUGUGAUGUGUUGGUUUUGCUUUUGACUUCAGAGAAAUUGCCUCUUCUCGACUCCUUUACAUGCCGAUCAUCAUCAUCAUCUCAUCUGGUUUUUCUUCAGAAUUCAGAUACUUUUAUCAUCAAAACCGAAUUGGGUUUAUUCGUACCGUCUUGGAAUCAUUCUGCUAAUCAAUGUCUUUGCAGGAAUUCAAAGAUUACCGGUCUCACAUUGGUUUUUCUGGCACUCCCCUGAUCAUUUUUGGUAUCAGGGCUUGAAUUAGUCUUGUCUAUUUCAAUCAAUUAUCGAUUGAAUUAAGCAAAGUUGGAUUGGAUCAUUGGAGAGAGCUGUAGUUUUGUAGGAUUGCAAUGAUUUAGUCAAUGUGUAUAGAAGAAUCUCAAAUGGACUGGUGGGGUUGCAAGCACUUGAGAUUCUUAGGUUUCUCUUUAAACUCUCUCACUUGCAAAUGUCUGGCUUUGGUUGUCAUUGCUCUGGCACUUAGAGCUGCUUUGUUUCCCACGUUCUCUGGCUUUGGGAGCAUUGAACAGAGUGACCUUUUAGUAAUACACAACCUUUCUUUUUCUUUAAAUUCGGAAUUUGGAGUUCGGAGAUUCAAGUUCUUGGAGGUUCCACAAAUUGUAUGGGGUUUAAACAAUCAGAAGAUUGCUUUUGCGAGAGCUUGCUUAACUGCAAGAAUGCUGAAUCGAACUCUUUUGAUGCCUAGCUUGAGUGCUUCACUGUUUUACAAAGAAAUUGAUCUCUUGCAACCCAUUCCAUUCGAUAAGGUCUUCCAAUUCGAAAGGUUUAAUUCGCUUUGUAAUGGUUUCAUCCAACUGUCUCGUUAUUCAGAUAUUGUAAAUCGAACUGAUGUUCUUGAGCUGCAAAAGGGAAGUGGAAGGAAGUGGACGGUUGAGAGAGAUUUAGAUCAAUUGAGACAGUUUGGCAAUGAUCCGUAUGAUGGGUAUGAGACAAUUCGAGUAGUAGGAAAGAACCCAUUUCUGUGGCACGACCACUGGCCUGUUAAGGACUACGCGAAGGUCUUCGAGUGUUUAGUUUUGGUGGAUGAAAUUUCAAAAGAAGCAGAUAGAGUUGUCUCGAAAAUUAGAGAGAUAGGAAGAGAGAUGAGAAGCAAAAUUGGGUCUUCACAAGAUGGUGUUGUUUCAGGGACGGCUUUGCUCCAACCAGUGCCUUAUGUAGCUGUUCACAUGAGGAUUGAAAAAGACUGGAUGAUUCACUGUAAGAAGCUAGAGCAAAGAUCAAAGGUCAGCGAAAUUUGUAGCAGCAAGGAAGAGAUUAUGGAGAGAGUGGGGAACAUCGUGGGCCUAGAGACCCCAAUGGUUGUUUACCUUGCCGUUGCUGAUACUCUUCUUGAAGAUAACUCUAUCUUGAAUGGAUGGAAGGAGGGUUUAGUUCCUUUUGAGAAGAAGAAAUUGGGUGUUGUUGGAAUUUACAAGAAGCACCCAUAUCUCAUUCAAUCAGCUAUUGACUAUGAAGUUUGCUCAAGGGCUGAUGUGUUUGUGGGGAACAGCUUUUCAACAUUUUCAAGCCUUAUAGUCCUUGAGAGAACACAAAAGAUUAUCAGCAUGGGUGGUUCAAGACCAUGUGCCAUGGAUGUAAGGUGGCCUUCCUAUGCUUAUAAUAUAUUGGGGGAAUCUAAAGGCCCUCGUCUAUGGAUGACAAAUAUGUCGGAUUCAAACUUACGAGCAAUUAGCUAUGGUUCAAAUGACAUAUCUUGCUGAGUUCCAUCUACCAUUGCGUGUGCACUCCUUUUUGGCAUAUAUUAUUUGGUAUAGUUUCAAGGAUUCUUUCUGUAAACAAAAUCAGUAACAUAGAUACUGAAAGUAGCAUCUAGUGCGGAAUCAAUAUUAUAGCUUGCAUUCAUGUAAAAUUGGAUUCUUUAUGUCUUCUUGAUUCAAUUUAUAUCCGUUACUUUUCGGGUCAUAUUCAUCAUUUUUGUAUUGAUCUUGGGGUCAUACCCUCUGUAAACUUGUUUUAAAAUUUAUUUUCUUCCAUUUACAGUUGAUGAUUCGAUUUACACAGCA